ACACACAAACAAACAAGGGAUGGUGAAAGGAGAUCGCUGACAGGGUCUUCCUCAUUUCCAUCACCAACCAAACCAAGCGAUUACGAAGGCAGGAGCCGAAAGGCAAGCUUCUCAACAUCCCAAGAAGCAAGAAGAUUGUUGCUGCAACUGCAACCAUGAGCGACGACGUUGCUGCUGUGGUGAUCGACAAUGGUUCCUUUGGGUGCAAAGUCGGCGUUGCUGGUGAGGAUGCACCGCGCAUCGUCUUCCCCUCCAUUGUUGGCCGUCCCCGCCACCAGGGCGUGAUGGUCGGCAUGGGCCAGAAGGACUCCUACGUCGGCGACAAGGCCCAGAGCAACCGUAGUAUCCUCGCACUCAAGUAUCCCAUUGAGCACGCCGUUGUGACCAACUGGGACGACAUGGAGAAGAUCUGGCACCACACCUUCCACAACGAACUCAAGGUGGAUCCUGAGAAGCAGCCGGUCGUGCUGACUGAGCCUCCGCUCAACCCUCGAGCCAACCGCGAGAAGAUGACCCAGAUCAUGUUUGAGACGUUCAAAGCACCUGCUAUGUACGUGGCCACUACUCCGGUGCUGUCGGUGUACACUUCCGGGCGCACCACUGGCGUGGUCGUGGAAUGUGGUGAUGGCGUGACGCAGAUUGUGCCUGUGUAUGAGGGUUGCUUUUUCCCCCAUACCAUUCAGCGCCUCGACCUUGCCGGCCGCGAUCUCACCGACUACAUGAUCAAGCUCCUCACCGAGCGCGGUUACUCCUUCACCACCACCGCCGAGCACGAGAUUGUGCGUGACAUCAAGGAGAAGCUCUCCUACGUCGCCCUCGACUUUGAGCAGGAGAUGGCCACCGCCGCCUCCUCCUCCAGCCUGGAGAAGAGCUACGAGCUCCCCGAUGGCCAGGUCAUCACCAUUGGCAGCGAGCGCUUCCGCUGCCCCGAGGCCCUCUUCCAGCCUUCCAGCCUUGGUCGAUACACCCCUGGCAUCCACGAACUCACCGACAACUCCAUCAUGCAGUGCGAUAUCCACAAUCGGAGAGCUCUUGCCGCCAACAUUGUGCUCUCUGGCGGCACCACCAUGAUGCCGGGGUUUGUUGACCGCAUGCACAAAGAGAUCACCGCCCUCGCCCCAUCCACCAUGGACGUCAAGGUCGUUGCUCGUCCCGAGCGCAAGUACUCUGUCUGGAUUGGCGGCUCCAUCCUCGCCUCCCUCUCCACCUUCCAGCAGAUGUGGAUCACCAAGGCCGAGUAUGACGAAGUAGGGCCGUCGAUUGUCCACCGCAAGUGCACUUGAACUCUCGGUGUGGGAUUGUAAGUGUAUGCGUGUGUGUGUGCGUGCGUGCGUGCGUGUGUGCGUGAGUGUGUGGAUGUGUGUGGAUGUGUGUGUGUGUGUGUGUGUGUGAACGUGUGUGUGUGUGUGAUGUGUCCCUUUCUUUAUUUCUUGCAUUCCUUCUUGUGCUUGUGCUCUCUGCGCGUGCUGGCCAACUUCCAUGCCACAAUGUCCCGAUGUCCCCUGUUCCUCCGCUCUUGUUUCAAUGUUAAACAGAAUGCACACCGA